AUCUAUCAAAUUCUUAAGAAAUUCUAACUAAAAUAAUUAUAUAUUAUUGAUUAAUAAAUAAUUACAAUAUUUUUAUUAUUUUAAAUAAAAAAUUAAGAGAAAUGUAGUUAAAAUUGCCGAAAAAACAUUAUGCAAGUGUAAACGCAAUGAAAAAAAGGAAAACAAACAAAACUGUACUUCUUUGGUGGUUGCAAUAUUUGUGAAAUUUAAUAAUUAAAUGAAAUUACUCAUGAAAAUAAACAAACGUGAAAGAAUUAAAAGAGUUUUUUGUACUACAAAUAUUUAAGGCGGUAAAAAACAGACAGACAUGUACGAGUGUGUAGAAGAAUAAUUUGUUUAAUAAUAGAAAAAGAACACAAACAGUCAUGGCACCAAAAGUUCCCGAAAAACAACAUACUCAACAACAACCGCCGCAACAACAUCACCAACACCAGCAGCCGCUCAACAAUAACUCAAUAGUUAUCAAACAUUCCAAUCCAUUUCAUAUCUCAGCUUAUACAUUAUGCCACAAUAAACGUUUAAAAUUGAAACGUUCCAAAUAUGGGGAGUAUUUACGGAAUGCCUAUCGCAACAAUCGAGCUACCCCACAAAAGAACAAUCGCAAGACUGAGGUGUAUAGACAGAACUUGCAUUAUUUGCAGGCUGAUGUGACCAUUGAUCUACUCUCCGACGACGAGGCAGCAAGUAGUGAUGCAAAGAAUCCUGUGAGUGUUUAUCCUGAACGUAUGUGUUUGGAAAGAGCGGCAAUAUUGGGUUUAAUGCCCGUGGAGAGGGCAAAAAAUCCGCCGCCUUUAGUGCCGAUUUCAACUAAUCAACGGCAAAUGCCACAGAUAAAGAUGACACAGCAACCUCUAUUAUUGGUGUCCAAGCCACAACAACAACCUCGCAAACGUAAAUCAAGACCUCAAAAGCGACGUUCAUUGCCGGCUCCACCCAAGACUCCCAUUCUAAUGAAUUCUGAAUCUAUAGUAUUGAGCGAUGAUAGCAACGAUGUGCCCCAGAUAAUGCUACCACCACCAUCACUACCACAUACAUUGUCUAUGGGGAUAUUACAGCCGCCUGAUCUAUCAGUGACAUGUCCUACCUCCUCUCAAAUACCCUGCCUGCCUCAACAAAAUACCAUGCAAGUCGAUGAAGAGGUAACCAUAUCAUUGGUGCCCCGUUCUCUAAACGCAACCGCAUGUGCCAGUCGUAGUUCAACGCUAAAUACUUCCAAUCCUGCUGCGGCGCAUCAGGAAGUAUUUCCCAUGCUACCCGAUGAAACGACAGUUCAUACCGUGAUAGCCAAUCGUAUUUAUGAAUUGUCCCUUACCAAACUCAGAGAAGGUUUGGCUUCUUGCGGCAUACCCGAAUUCGCUGAUGGCCAACAGAAAAUAUCACCGCAAAGACGUAAAGGUAUGGUACAACAGCCACCUGUGGUAUCACCGCCUCAGGCACCCAUAUCUCUAAAACUAUCCAGCGAUUUAAGCAUUUCAUUGAUCUCAGACGAUGAAGACGAAACCCGCCACAAGAAUCGCCAGCAUGAGCCCAUACUUAGUCCCGCCUUUUUGCAAAAGUUACCUGUAAAUGUGUCGAUAGCACCGGUGCCCAUGAGGCAACAAAACACUAAUCAUACAACAGAACCUAGAAAACUUAAAUUGGGUUAAAAUAAGUAACGUCAUCAUGAAUCGAGUCAUCUUAAAAUACAUACGUCCCCCCUAACCCCCCAAACUGUCCAUUAAACAAUUAUUCAUUCCUUUAAAAUAAAUCCCUCCCUUUACUUUUUUUAUUAGUUACGUAGUGCAUAUAUAUUUUUAUAUUUUUUUAGGUAAUUUGAAUUUUAUUUUCUUGUCAUCUAUGUCUGUUUAGGCCGACCUUUUAUUAAGCCAUACUUAUAUAUGGUUUAAGCCAACAAUUCUCCUUUCUUUUUUAAUUUACUAAGUGUAUUCCUUAUUUUUAAGCUAAACUUUAAUUUUCAAGUCGUAUUUGAAAAUAUAUAUUUUUUUAAAAAACCUUUCUUUCAAGCAACAUUAUCAAUUGUAAGAAUACAAAUGAAUUAAUAUCCAUCCUAUUACUAAUUAAUUGUUUAAAAAGUAUCCAUUUUAUAAAUAGAAUUUUUGCAUUUAAAAUUAUAAUUCAAACAAGCAGUAUGAAUCGGUUUUCAUAAACGGCAAGAACAUGGUUUAACAAGAUAUACAUAAAGAAAAUAUAUAUAAAGAAAAGUUUAAUUCUUAUAGAAAAUUAUUUUAAAUUAUACAUUUAUAGGUAAUAAAAUAUGUAACGCUACUGGAGAGCUUUGUACAUAUUUCAAUACUAAUAUUGUAUUUCUUUGUUGUUCAUAUUUUUUUAAAUUAAAAAUGGAUUUU